GGCUGGAAGCGUGAUUGUGAGGGCUCGAUAUAUCAUCCCUUUGCUUCUCCAGUCGGCACAAAGACGAAGCAAGAAGAAUAAGAGCGAAACAGAACUCAGAAAUAAAAGUUGGGCUCGAAGCGUGAUUGUGAGGGCUCGAUCAGUUCCGAACAAACGUAUCGGUUUUGUUAUUGGUUGAUUGCAGCAGCGAGAGGAGAAAUGAGGCCUACACCGAUGGAGUUCUUUGCGGAGAUGGAAGAACAGGGAUCGACGGUAGCGAUGGACGUGGAUGAUGUCGAUCCACUUGAGAUAUUAGGCGAGGGCGUGAUCUCAGCAGAGAACAAGCUCGCCGACUCCGAUUUCUUCAACUCCUUCGAGGACGAUUUUGAUGACUCCGACAUCAACUGAAAUUCAUUUCCCUGGUUCCAUUCGAAACAAGUAGUCAGUUUACUAAUCGUAUGUUUAUUGCUUCUGUUGAUGAAACAAGAUGAUUGAUGCUAGUAUGUCCUACUGCUUUUUAGGGAUUUCAGCACUUCUAGUUUCUUGGCGAUAAAUUGAAAAUUGGAGACUGAUUGCUUUUGAGUACUUGAUUGGUUAUGGCAUAUUUGCUUGCUUUUCCCUCUCAA